AAAUGGAAUUACGAGAAUAACCUAAAUUCAGAUCAAACGAUUUCUUUAACCCAAAAAAUAGAGAGGAGAAAGGAUUUCAAUUUUCCAUGUCCAUUUACUCGUAUACCUUAACAACAUAACGUUUUCUAUGCUAACAAUCUCAUUUACUCCAAGCCUAGUGGCCACCAUAAAACUAAAAUCCCCAGCACUCGACCGCCGCCGCCGUCUCCGCCACCCUUAAUUCGGAGCUUAAAUUUUCACAGUCCACAACAGACGUUGUCUUAUACACUGUUUCCAUUAUAAUAUCUAAUAUAUUCAAACAUUUCAUGUUCAGUUUUCCAGAUUAUUCUUGCUAGGCCUGAGUCUUCUUCAUGAUGGAAGCAUUCAGGAAAGCCAUAUUGCAGGCUGGCCCGCCGGAAACUUUUGCACUUAAGACGGUUCAAGAGGUUAUAAAGCCUCAGAAACAAACAAAGUUAGCUCAAGAUGAAAACCAAUUAUUGGAGAACAUGCUUCGGACCUUGCUUCAGGAAUUGGUGUCAUCUGCAGUACAGUCUGGGGAGGAGAUAAUGCUGUAUGGGAAGUCAAUUGAUGAUGUUGAUGAAAUGCAGGGUGUAAUUCCACGACUUCUAGAUGUUGUGCUCUAUCUUUGUGAGAAAGAACAUGUUGAAGGUGGUAUGAUAUUCCAGCUUCUAGAGGACUUGACAGAAAUGUCUACAAUGAGAAAUUGCAAAGACAUUUUUCGUUAUAUAGAAAGUAAGCAGGACAUCCUGGGGAAGCAAGAGCUUUUUGCUCGUGGAAAACUUGUCAUGUUGAGAACAUGCAAUCAACUUCUUCGUCGACUGUCCAAGGCAAAUGAUGUGGUAUUUUGUGGGCGAAUCCUAAUGUUUCUGGCUCAUUUCUUUCCAUUAUCUGAACGUUCAGCUGUGAAUAUAAAGGGAGUUUUUAACACAUCAAAUGAGACAAAAUAUGAGAAAGACCCACCUGAAGGCAUUUCUGUUGAUUUCAACUUCUAUAGAACCUUCUGGAGUUUACAGGAAUACUUUUGCAACCCUGCUUCCCUUUCAAAUGCUCCUAUAAAGUGGCAGAAAUUUACAGCUAGUUUAAUGGUUGUGUUGAAUACAUUUGAUGCACAGCCUUUGAGUGAGGAAGAGGGAGCUGAGAACAAUUUGGAGGAAGAGGCAACCACUUUCAACAUCAAAUAUCUUACAAGCAGUAAAUUGAUGGGCUUAGAGUUAAAAGAUCCAAGUUUCAGGCGCCACAUUCUUUUGCAGUGCCUCAUACUAUUUGAUUAUCUUAAGGCCCCAGGAAAGAAUGAUAAAGAUUCAUCUGAAAGCAUGAAAGAAGAAAUUAAUUCUUGUGAAGAUCGAGUGAAGAAACUACUCGAAGUGACUCCUCCGAAGGGGAAAGAUUUUCUUCAUAGUAUUGAGCAUAUAUUAGAUCGUGAAAAGAAUUGGGUCUGGUGGAAACGUGAUGGCUGUCAACCAUUUGAAAAGCAGCCAAUAGAGAAAAAAACAGUUCAUGAUGGAGCUAAGAAACGUCGGACAAGGUGGAGAUUGGGGAAUAAAGAACUCUCUCAGUUGUGGAAGUGGGCAGAUCAGAAUCCGAAUGCUUUGACAGACUCUCAACGUGUUCGAACUCCUACAAUCUCAGAUUACUGGAAACCCUUGGCUGAAGAUAUGGAUGAUUCUGCAGGAAUAGAAGCUGAAUAUCACCACAAAAAUAACAGGGUUUAUUGCUGGAAGGGCCUUCGUUUUUCUGCUAGGCAAGACUUAGAAGGGUUCUCAAAAUUUACCGAACACGGUAUUGAAGGAGUUGUUCCAUUGGAACUUCUCCCCCCUGAAGUGCGAUCAAAGUUCCAAGGUAAACCUAGUGACAGGUCGAAACGUGCCAAAAAGGAGGAGAUGAGGAGUACUUCACAUCAGGUUGAGGAAAGUCAGAUUGCAACACCGGCAAGUGAGAUUGAGGGAGAAGGAAUCAGAGCUGAUGCGGAGGCCUCUGUAGCAGUGAUGGAUACGGAUGUCUCAGCUGCAACAGGAAAUAAUUCCCAAGGGGGCACCCCAACCCCAGAACCAGAUGAACAUCAAAAGCAAAGCCCUGAUACAGAUGUUGGACAAGAAGCUGGGCAAUUAGAAGCAGAUGCUGAAGUGGAGACUGGGAUGAUAGACGGUGAGACAGAUCCAGAAGCUGAAUCUGAUCAUGUAGGAUGAGAUUCAACCUUCAAGGUAUGAAGAAAUAGUUUCUGCUUUCUAGUUGUUCAUUAAGGGUUCUUAACACUAGAUAUUGGGGAAAAGAAAGGAGAGUUGAGUGUUUGACUGAACUUGAUCCAAUUUUGAACUAUAAGUUCUGUAGUUAUUGUUCUCAACCUCAAUUGAAUAACUUCCUUACAUAUUACUGGUGCAGAGAAGAUUAUGAAGUUUCCGAGUUGCUACAUUCUACGUAGCAAUUUGGGGUAAAGAUUAUUAUUCUGUACACCGCCAGUCGAGUAAAAAACUUCACAAAUAAACUUAAGUUAAUAUCAAA